AUGACGGAGGAACCAAGUUCAAAUCUUGCAACAGAAGAUGGCCCAAAUAUACUAGAUCAAAAAACAUACGAAGAUGUAUCAUAUACUAUUAUCAAAGCAAGGAUUGGUAUGCUUGCAACAGCCAUUGGUGGUCCAGAUCACUCAUCAGACUCGGCGAAUCCUCCUUAUAAAAUUGGUGAUGAUUGCUUGGCAUGUAUCAAGGAUUUGAUAAGAUGGUUCAAGUUAGUCGACGACAAACAAAAGAAAUGGGAUGUAGAAAUGGCAACUGCAGAGUUCAAGAUACUACAAAACGAUUUAAUACCAAUUAUGCUAGAUUGGGAAACUAAGAGUAGUUCGGCUGCUAGAAAAAGCAAAAAAACUGGUGAGGACAUAUCUGUGUUUUUCCCAAAUAAGGCGUACUACGAUAGAAUAGCACUAGGAUGUCUACAACUCAUGGUGUUGAUGACGUGGCCUUUAAUUAUCACAGAUCAAUCCUCUUAUAACCAGGUCAACUAUUACUAUGAACUUAAAAAACAUCAACUUUUAUACAAACAUGCGAUAUUAAGCACAGAAAACGGUAAGGUACUCAAGGCAGCAAUAAGAUUGGCAUUGAAUGUUAUGCAAAGAGAUAGACUUGAUAGAACAUCUAGAGAUGACUCUUUAAUUAGAAUGGUUCUGCAUUUCAUUAAGAAUAUUGUGGCUAUUGAGCCAGGGGAGGUUACCAUAUCUAGUGUAAAAAGACUUAAAAAGCCACUAACUGCAGAGGAGAUGUUACCUACGAAUAUCAGACAAGAUGAUAUCUCAAUAAACAGUGUCAUAGAUGCAUUUGAUAAAAACAAAGUGUUUGGAUUUCUUCUCACGAUUUCCAGCUCCUUAACCGAAAGUGUUGAUGAGGAGUUCGUGAACUUACCUCUACUCGAACUCAUGUUUUUUAUGACUAAGGAUAUUAAUCCAGAGAGGUUAUUCAAAAGUUCAAAAAAAAAAUAUGAUGUGAAUGUAAACCAUGAGAUUUCAGAAUCGAAUCUUUCUAACUCAGGUAAGCAGCUCUCAGAACUUUUAGCCAAAGAACAUGAGAAAAAAAUCAACGUCAUUAAAAACACUUCUUCUCGACAUUCAAGAUUUGGAGGCUUACUCUCUAUCAGAACGCCACAAAACACGCGUUUGACUGUAGCAAGUAAUUCAGUCAAUAUGAAUGAUGAUGCCGCAUUACAAGAAAUAGAUUCAAGAAAAAAGUGGAAUAAGAGUAUAAGAAUGAGACUUGAUGUUAUCGAAGGAUUGAGCAGUACUUUCUUAAAUACUGAAGGAAGUACAGCACAUAUAACCAUUGAAAAUCUUCAAAAACUUAAAGAAUUCUUGUCAAACUUUGUCGAUUCCAGUUUCAAUUUAUUACUGCGAAAAGUUACAGACCAUUUUACCAGUGAAAUUCAAGACCAACUGUCGUUGCAUAAAAUUGAGUACAUGCUUUUUAUAUCAUGGUUCAUUAAGUUUCAACGCAUAAGGUGUUUAUUUGAAAAAGACACUAGCCCUGAUUAUGUCGCUGGUGUAUUAUUGGACGAAUGUUAUAUCAUGUUCAUGAAAUAUAUGAGAGAAAGUUAUGAUCACAAAAACUGGCCUGUAAUUCAUGCUGGAAUGUUACUAUUUACCGAAUAUCUAAAUUUCCUUCUCUCUUUAGAUGAUUCGUGGCAAAAUGAUAUUUACGCAGUCAUCGGAAAAUUACUGGGAGAGAACAUGCUGCAACUUCUAAGCGCCCUUCCAAAAUCUGCCUCAAGUCAUUCCUCGCAAUAUAUCAAGUCAUGCAUUAAUAUGACGCAUGUUGUUUUGAAGACAUUUGAUAGAUUUAACGAAAAAUCGUCCCUAGCAGUAGAAUCAAAGCGUAAAAGAAAGGUGAAUCUCAAGCAUUUGACAAUAGAGAAAUUUGCAAAAGAACAUGAUAUUGAUUAUGAAGAAGCUUUUGAAUUGCUAGAAGAACAAUUCAAAAAGGUGACUAUUAACUUUGACAGAGUUUUUCGGGGAUACUUAAACGAAGCUACACUUUCAAUGUACAUCAAAUAUUUGCAAUCUUUCAAAGAAAUUGAGGUUCCUGUACUAAGUCGAAUACUAAAGUUCUUGCAAAGAGUUUUUGUUGACGCUAAAGAAGAGAUAUUACUAUAUAGAAUCGACUUCCUGAUACUAUGCAAGGAGAUUUUAGGACCACAAGGUUUACCGUUAGCAUCUGAUAUUCGCCAUCAAUUCAGCAGGUUCAUUGAGUAUUUUUUACACCGGUUUAGGAAAAAAUUGAUGAAAAUGCCAUCAUUAUAUGUUAGCAUUCUUUUCCCUAUGAUACAUGAUUCACAGAUAGCCUAUUACAUGAAAAACGGAACUAUGAAACCAACUACUGCUAAAUAUGAUAUUGUGGUCCCAAGUGUAUUUGUGAAUAUAGAAGAUGAGGAUGCAAUUCCAGAUAAGGUUUUGAAAGAUAUGCAUAUUGGAAUAUUAGUAUCUAGUCUCAUCGAUGAUGGUUAUGAAGAACUUGUCGACUCUUUGUUAUCGAAUCUGUUAUCUAUAUUAGAACGGCUGAAACAACAAUCAUCCGAUUCCGCAUUGACUGACCAACCACAAAAAAUUACUUAUAAUGUUGACCAUAAUGAAAUCAAAAGAGCGUUGCAUCAGCAAGCUGACUUUAGAAGACUUUUGAUAAUUACUGGAUUUGCAAUUCCAGAUGAAAACAAUGAUGAAUGCUAUUUCAGCAGAACUAAUGAUAUCAACGAAAUCCAUGAAUCUAUUGAUACCAUCAAAAAAUAUAAGUCAUUGCCUUUCGAAUCUUCGUCGGGCAAACCUGCAAGCUACUAUUUAUCUUAUGCACAAAGUAGUGAUGACCAUUAUGACAACUAUGGAUCUGAGGUAGAAAAUGAUGAUUAUUUCCAAGAGCUUGAAACUAUGGAGAGAAGAAUUGCUGGACGAGAAUUAACAAAGGGAAAAGCUAAAUCAAAAUCUACUAUAAAGAAAGUCGGUUCGAAAAAGAGAAGGAGAAGUAGUCAUUCUGAAUCGUUAAGUGAUGAUUCUAGGGAUAUACCUUCGACAAAAUCUACUAUUGUCAGCAAAGAAUAUAUUUAUGACUCUGAUGAUGAUGACCCACGGUUUAGUACUAUCUUUUUUGAAAAUGAAAAAUACCUAAGACAACUACUAGAUAAAAAUAAAGGUGCGCUAUCAUCGGAACAAUAUGAAAGAUUUACACAAUUUUGCCAAGAGAGGCUUGAAAAUGAUGGAGUGGUAAGAAGUGAUUUUUCAGAUCUUUUCGACAAUUCUCUAAGCAUGAAUGUUAAUGGAAUGCAUGAAGGGUUAAAAGAACAUACCUCACUGUCAGAAGAGCAACAAAAUGAUGUAGAAACACAACAAAUUAUUGAUUCGAAUGAUUUGAGCUCUGAUGAGUACAAUUCUGAAUCGGAAAAUGAUGAGGAUGACAUUCCUGUUCGUAAAAGAUCACGUGCUCAAUUGUCUUUCGAUAACGUCUAG